UUGAUAUCUAAUCUAACAAAACGGUAACACCACACAACGUGUACGUAAGAGAGCAAGAGACGCCGUUCUUCCUCAUAUUUCGGAACCUUCAAGCUACGGACAUUGAUUUUCACAAGGCCAUAUCCGUCAUUUCACAUCCUCACGCGUUAUAGCACAGAUCCUGAAACUCAAACUCACUUUCACACAUUCCUAAUGGCUGAUGUUACCUAUCUCCGUCACCACCACGAACCCGACGAUGAUCAAACCCUAAUCCCUUUACCCUAUUGGUCUUCUUCCCCUUCCGAUUUCGAUUUCGAUUUUGAUUUAUACUCUUCCGAUCCCGAAUUCCCUCCCAAUCACCACCACCACAACCACUUUUCUCGUGAAACUUUCGUCAUGGAUCUAUUCCAACAACGCGUGGAACAAUCUCAUGUCAUCGAUCAUACCGAUCCUAUACAUCAAUCGAUAAACGACUCUGUUUUCGAUAGUUUAAGUCUUGAUUUAGGUUUCAAUACUUCCGAUUUCAAUUUCGGUAUCCAUAACAACGUCGAUGAUGAUGAUGACGACGAAGACGAUGAUUUUCCUGAUACGAGGGUUUCUGGAUCAGAUCCGAUCAACGGUUUGCGUAUUGUUGAAAUUGAUUCGGAUUCCGAUUGUGAAGAAGAUGUUGAAGGAAAUAAUGUGUUUUAUGGGAUCUGUGUACAUUCUGAUGAAGAAGAUUUUAAUAACGUAAUUGAUGAAGUUGCGAAUUUUCCUCUCCGUUGGGAUUCACUUCAGUUGGAGGAUAAUCAAAUAUAUGAAGAUUUUGAGUGGGAGGAAGUUGAUGGUGGUUUAGAUGAGAGGGAUUUUCUUAAUAACAUGGUUCCCAUUCACGGUGGUUUAGAUGAGAGGGAUGUUAUGGUUCCCAUUGACGACAAUAAUAGGUCGGUUAAUUCCGGUUCAGGUCGCGCUAUUCCGUUUAUUGUAGAAGAAGAAGAACAAGAUCUAGAAGAGGUUAACAUGAUGAUGAGGGUUGGUGGAGGAAUGGAAAAUCUUGAGUGGCAAGUAUUGUUGAAUUCGGAUUCUGAUAAUAUAGGCACAAGCCCUGAAACUUAUCAUGUAAUUGCAGAGCCUUUUGGGGAGAAUGAUGAUUACUUUUACACUGCAGAGUAUGAGAUGAUGAUUGCUCAAUUCACAGAUAAUGAUAACCCGUUAACCGGUAGGCCUCCGGCUUCUGUAUCCGUCGUUCAGAACCUUCCUAAUGAGGUUGUGACCAAAGAUGAUGUGGAGAAUAACAAUGCGCUAUGUGCCGUUUGUAAAGAUGAAUUUUCUGUUGGAGAAGAGGUGAAGUUGUUGCCGUGUUCUCAUCGUUACCAUGGUGAUUGUAUUGUGCCUUGGCUGGGGAUUAGGAAUACUUGUCCCGUUUGUCGAUAUGAGUUCCCCACUGAUGAUGCUGAUUAUGAACGUAGGAAAGCCCCAAUGUUGGCCCGGAGCGCUUGAUUAUAUGUCAUUUUUAGGAUUGGAUACUUGGAUAUGAUUUCACAGUUUCUUGUUGCUAGGCUGUUAAGAGUUUAGGUUUUUUGUCCUGAAAAAUUGCAUGUGCGUUAAUUUUUGAAUUUUCAUGUGGAGAUUUUUAGUAUAAGUAUGUUCAUCUUCCAAUUGUAUUUUGGGAUACAUCAUAAAACUGAAUCAUUUUUCUAAAGAAUAUAUACAUUUGUUCUGCUA